AUGCCCGUCAAGAAAAGAACCCCAUUGAAGCAUAAGAGCGUAUCGUUCUCUGAUGACAUCACUCAGACGCAGCAUAACCAUCAUCAUAGGAAGAAACAAAAUGGUGAACGUCCUCCAGUUUUUAUCAGGAAAACAUGGUUGACUAUUCCAUGGCAUUUGAUAGCUUUGGUCUACAUAUAUGUGAAGGUCUUUAACAAUUAUAACACAGCAGAAUUGCUUGCAUGCCUUGUGCCUUUACAAAUACUAUACACCAUCUUUCAAUUCAACAAGGCCACAAUCUAUGGUAACAAGAGACUGAAAUUCAAUUACUCUCUAGCUGCGAUUUCUAUAUUGGCAUGUAUUGUGCUCUCCAUACCAGUGGUCGUAAUCAUCAUUUUGUUUGGGGCACCGCUAUUGGAACUGCUAUGGGAAACUUGGCUACUUGCACUACAUUGCUCAUUCUUAGCUUAUCCAGCAGUAUAUUCUGUUCUAAACUGUGACUUUAAGGUUGGCCUGUGGAAGAGAUAUUUCAUAUUAAUUGUAGUUGGUUGUUGGAUCAGCUGUGUUGUUAUUCCUCUUGACUGGGACAGAGAUUGGCAAGCCUGGCCUAUCCCAAUUGUCAUUGGUGCAUACUUGGGAGCAUUUGUUGGCUUUGCAUAUGGGGCUUACUUAUAG